CUUGACGGCUCCAACAGCCACCCACUUCGCUCCUUCAUCAGCCCCUCGCCGCGGAAACCUCCCGCUUUUACACUUGUAAGGAUGAAAGAACGAUUCGAAGCUACUGAAUCGCGUUCGUGACGAUCAACCUUUUAUUGGAUGAUUGUGGAUAUAUUCCAAGACCGAGGUUGUCACGUCGUCGUGCCAUUGGUUUGUAUGUCACGAUGGAUGCAGUUCUACUUUGCUAUUGGAGAACCUUACUGUGCAAACAGUGGUUGUGGGUAUCCUGGGUUGAGGGGUAAGAUGAAGUUGAGGGGUUCAUCUACUGUUGUGCAUCCGAUUGUUUGACUCUCCCAGUCCACUUACCUCUACUACUAAUUCUAAGCGCAAUUGUAUAAACUUGCCGAUACAACCAAUUCAUACAUACACAAAUCCAACAACAUGGCAGAAGACAAGGUCCAAACUUUUGAUAUCCCGAAAACAUGUAAAGCUGGUGUUGUAGUCAACGAAGGCCCGGACUUCCGCGUCGAGGUUCAGGAUGUUCCGGUGCCUGAAUGCGGUCCAACGGACGUACUCAUCAAGCUCAACGCGACCGGUAUCUGCCACAGCGAUCUUCACUUCAUGCUCAACGACUGGGCACUACCGAAAAUGUCAGACCUCGGUACAAAAUGCGCCGGACACGAAGGUAGCGGUGUUAUUGUCAAGGUUGGGGAUCAGGUCAAGAACCUGAAGCCGGGAAUGCGAGCUGGAUACAAGCCAAUUCAAGAUACUUGCGGCUCGUGUGAGCUUUGCCGCAACGGUAACGAAUGCUACUGUGCAAAAGCAGUCUUGACCGGAUUAAUGAUCGACGGUUCAUACAAGCAGUACAUCGUCUCACCCGAACGCUACACAACCCUCGUCCCGGAUGGUGUGAACGACUACAUAGCAGGGCCGAUCAUGUGUUCUGCUUCAACAAUCUACACAUCGAUCAAGGAGUCACAACUCCGACCUGGAGACUGGGCCGUCUUCCCUGGCGCAGGGGGCGGUGUUGGCCUACAAGGCGUGCAACUGGCGAAAGCCAUGGGUCUACGCGCCAUAGCCAUCGACACUGGCGACGAUAAGCAAAAGCUCUGCAUGGAAACUGGAGGCGCGGAGCACUUUAUCGACUUUAAGAAAGUAGACAACGUAGGCGAGGAGGUAGUACGGUUGUGCGAUGGUAUCGGCGCCCACGGUGUCUUCGUCACUGCUGUUCAGACUUACCCAAACUCGAUAUCAUACCUCGGUGGCCGCGUUGGUGGAAAGGUGAUGUGCAUCGGACUGCCGCCGGCUGGGACUCAGCACAUUGAUGUCGACCCGAACCAAAUGUGCUUCAGGAAACAGAGUGUACAGGGUACACUUGUGAGCAGCAUGGCGGACGUGGACAAGACGCUUGACUUUGCUAAGCGGGGAUUGCUGAAGCCGAUUUACACGGUGUAUCCGUUGAGCAAGUUCAACGAGGCUGUGCAGAAGCUGAAGCGUGGGGAGAUUGCUGGACGAGCAGUUGUCGAUUUUAACAUGGAGUAGGUAUAUGGCGGGGUUUCUCUGUGAAAAAUGUUGAAAUCAAAAUUUCCAGAAGUUUGUACGGCGAGGUUGGCAUAGCGUUUGAAUUGUGAUGAUGGCUGUAGUUUGCAU